AUGUGGACUGCCAACUGUACAGACAAAGUUGCUGAAGCCAACAUUGGUGCCAGGAAGGCCUUUGUCCUAGGCUGGCCCACGGUGAACUUUGUGGCCACCUUCAGCAGCGUGGCGAUGAAGUUUCAAAGCAUGGUCUUUUUCGAAUCUGCCUGUUUGGCAUUUUCUGAACUUCUUGAAUUUGGCUCUGAGAAAGAUUACCAGCUGUGGGCCAGUUCUGGUAAGAAAGAGGCCUCAUACCCACUCAUCGAUGCAGGCCAAAAGACAGUCAAGAAGAGUUCUGCCAAAAACUGGGCCUUCUGGCGGAGCUUCAGGACUCGCCGGGACAGCCAGGGCCCAGCCCCACCGCCCACAAAGCCAAAACCGCUCUUCGGAGUUUCUCUGGAGGACGUGUGCGAUGAUGACAGCCUGCCCACCCCAAUCCGAGAUAUACUUUACUUUAUCAAUCAAAAAGGGCCACUCACAGAAGGCAUCUUCAGAAAACCAGGCAGUAUAAAAUCAUGCAGAGCCCUACAGGAGAAGAUAAACUCUGGGGACAAAGUGAACUUGGAUGAGGAAUCUGUUCUUGUGGCAGCGUCCGUCUUCAAGGAUUUUCUUCGAAAUAUCCAAGGAAGUAUAUUUUCGGCCAGUCUCUAUGAUAAAUGGCUUGGUGUUAUUGACCAGGGGAACGAGGAGGAGAAAAUAGCUGCAGCCCAGAGUCUUUUAGGCCAGCUGCCAAGAGCUAAUGUAGUUCUCUUGCAAUACCUUUUUGGAGUGUUACGCAACAUUGAGCAGAAUUCCUCAUCCAAUCAGAUGACAGCUCACAAUUUAUCAGUGUGUAUAGCCCCAAGCAUUCUUUGCCCACCUCGUUCUGGCAGCUCAGCAUUAGAAAACGACUUCAGAAAAAAGAUUUCUUUUGUACAAUUUCUCAUUGAAAACUGCCUCAAGAUAUUUGGAGAAGAUAUCACUUCCCUCUUUGAAGAGAGCUCAAUGAGUUGUGAUAGUAGUGAUAUCACUGAUAGCCGUGAGAAGGCUGCAGUGACAACAGAACAACCUCUUGAAUCCAAGCCAGUGAGAGAGACAGUGAUUUACAAAAAGGCACAACUGCAGGAUGAUGCCAAGACCCCGCCUAGCAUGGGUCCACCCAGCGACGUGUCUACAACUUUCUAAGUCCCCGAAGGUUAUAAUCUCCAUAAUCACACUUGACCCUUCCUUUUCCUCUCUUUAGCCACCUGUCUACAAUUUGCAAAGUCACUGAAGAUUAGAAUUCCCCAUAAUCACACCUGACCCUUCCUUUUUGUGUAUUUCCUAUAAUACCUCAUUUGAAUUUUAUUAAAGGCUU